UUUUUUUGACAGGUGUCAUUGGUUUGAUAUUUAUUGUUAUCAAUUUGUUAUCAAUGAUCUCAUUUUAAUUACAUGAAAAAAUACGCCACAAAAAUUUCUCAUAUUUUAUCAAUGUUGACCAAUUUCUAACGCAUUCAGUCUAACAACACAAUCAACAGACUGUAAUCACGAUGUGGUUAUACUAGCCGAGAUAAGGCAAAAUCGUCGUCGAUUUGACAAUAUUUGACUCAGUUGGAAGAAUGGGGACAUUGGAGACAGUGUGGAAGGUGUUGACGAGGAAGAAAAUCCUCGAUCCCGUGUCAACGGAACGAUCGGAGUUGAGUAGAGUGUUGAAUACAUGGGAUUUGACAGCUCUAGGGGUUGGAAGUACUCUUGGUGUGGGGGUGUACGUGCUGGCUGGACAGGUGGCGUUGAAGACAGCGGGGCCCUCGGUCGUCUUGUCGUUUGUUAUAGCCACAAUUGCAUCGGUGUUUGCUGGUGAGUCUCACUAACCCAGUCUUGAAUGGGGUUUUUAUCACUUCCUCAACAAUUAUGAGGAAUUACAACGUGAUAACCUUUAGUUAUGUAAAUAUGGAACGUUAUUUAAUGGCUUAUCUUGCAUGCAGUAAUUAAGGAAAAAGACCAAAAUAGAGCAAGAAAAAAAAUAAAUGAAGUACUCAGAUUUGGAUUGCGCUUAAUUUCAUCAAAUUCCACAGUGUUUUUGAUAAGUGAUAUUUCUAGUGAAAUAAAUUGAAGAUAAGGUGGCCCUAA